AAAAAAAAAGGCCAUUCCAGGCGCAAAAACACAUUAAAGUUCAAAACUUGAAUGACUCGCAUCAAACAUGUUCAUUCAUUUAUUUGAAAGAGAUGGUUCUCUUCAAAGACGAUAUCAAAAGAUAUGAGAGGUAGCUCCAUGUCCCUCUUUAUCAAAUGAGUUUCCGUCAAGAGAUAUGCCAAGCAGUCGUUCGAUUAGCUCAACAUAUUUAUUACGAUUCAGUAGGGACAGUGGAGUUUUUAGUCAUUCUUAAAUCAGACCAAUUUUAUUUUAUCGAGGUCAAUCCUCGUAUUCAAGUAGAAUAUACAGUUUCAGAAGUAGGAUAUCGUUCAGGUACAGAUUAGAAUUGCGUUAUUUGGUGAAAUUUUAAAUGAUUUGGGUCUCGUAAAUCAACAACAAGUAAUGGUAGUAGUAGUAGUAGUAGUGUUUUUUUCUUUUAAUUUUUUUCCUCGUCAUUUAUACACUUUAAUAGAAUAUGUAUAUAAAAAAAAGAUAUAAAAUAUAAACAAACCUGACAAAAAGGAAAGAAAAA